UCUUUUUUUUGUUGUAACAUUUAAAAAAAUCUCGCCUCAUCGCAUCGCGUAAAUUGCAUUGCGUCACUCGCGCCCACGGCGCCAUUUUCGAGAUUUGUACGCAAUUGUUCCGAGAACGAGGCGGCGUGACUUUAGCCGCCGUGGCAGUGGCGGGACGUGACACGAGUCGGAGCGAGUAUGCACCAAGUGCCGUUUCUCACUUCGUCCCUCAGAUAUCUACCUCCCCACUUCUAGAUCGUUCUAACCACGCGACAAUCCCGUCAAGAGUGUGCAUCGUUUACGGAUUAUAAGGCCCGUAAUUUACGGGUGAAUCGUGUGUACGUUAAAUGGCGGCUGACGAAAGAUGGUAUUUCACGAGGGAACAGCUUGCAAAUACGCCGAGCAGAAGAUGCGGCAUCGACGCGGACAAGGAGCUGAGCUAUCGGCAGCAAGCGGCCAACUUCAUCCAGGACAUGGGACAACGGCUUGUUGUAUCCCAAUUAUGCAUCAAUACAGCUAUAGUCUACAUGCAUCGAUUUUAUGUGUUCCAUUCGCUGACGCACUUCCACAGGAAUGCUAUUGCAGUGGCAGCAAUCUUUUUAGCAGCAAAAGUAGAGGAACAACCAAGGAAAUUAGAACAUGUCAUCAAAAUGGCACACUUGUGCCUCCACAGAGACCAACCUCCACCUGACAUUAGGUCUGAGCAAUUUCUCGAACAGGCACAAGACCUGGUAUUCAACGAAAAUGUCCUCUUACAAACAUUAGGAUUUGAUGUUGCCAUUGAUCAUCCACACACCCAUGUUGUUAGAUGUUGUCAAUUAGUGAAAGCGAGUAAGGACUUAGCUCAGACUUCAUACUUUAUGGCAUCUAACAGCCUACAUUUAACUACAAUGUGUCUACAAUAUAAACCGACAGUUGUCGCAUGUUUUUGCAUACACCUCGCGUGUAAAUGGUCCAAUUGGGAGAUACCACAAAGUACUGAAGGAAGGCAAUGGUUUUGGUACGUAGAUAGAACUGUAACAGCGGAUUUACUUCAAGAACUCACAGACGAAUUUCUUCAUAUAUUUGAUAAGUGUCCAUCGAGAUUGAAAAGGAAAAUUAUGAUCAUUUCCGCGAAUCAAAGUCCAAGUAUUCAUCAUCCGAGUCUACCGAAUUCACCAUUUGAUACUGAGCCGCGUAGAAUACAAUCUCCAGCAACAUUGGAUGGUGCCGCCACGACUGGUGUUACUGCCCAUUCGAGUCGCUCUCAUCAUACGGACGGUGCCGUUGCUCAUUCAAGUCGUUCUCAUCACGCGACAGACGCCGCAACUGCCUCUGUCACCGCUGCUCAUUCGAGUCGCUCUCAUCAUACCAUGGAUAGCGCCGCCGCCACUGCUACUGUUGCUCAUUCGAGUCGUUCUCAUCAUGCGCAACAGGAGAAGCAAGAUGAGAAGAAAACUGGAACUAUUGCAGGACCAUCAAGAGCAACCGCAAUAGAUUAUCGAGAAUAUCGUGAGAAGAAAGAACGAGAGCGUUUAGAGCGGGAAAAGGCAGCUGCCGCUAUUGGGUGCCAUAUCACCGAUCCUAACAAGACCUACCAUUCGCAUCAUCAUAAACCAGUAUCGAAUGCAAGUAUGCCGAACAAGCACCAAAUGCCAUCUGUGCAAAAGGGCACUGGCCUUCAUCAUAAUCAUCAUCAUCGGCCGGAUAUGAAAGUCGGUCAACCAGUACAGAGACACUCUACUGGUAAUCAACCUAAUCGCGAUCCCAACAGGCAACGAUUGUCAAGAGAACACAACGCUGGUGUGGCCAGCACAAGCGGUAUUACACACUCGCAUUCUCACGCCAAUUUAGAUAGUUCCUCGUCCGAAUCCGUGCCUCAUAGGUCGGACAGUGGUGCUGUGCAGGAUUCCGCAUCCUCACAUAGUACUUUACAGGAAAAGAUGAGUAAUAAUCACAGCGGACAUAGACUGAAUGCACUUGAUAGCAAGCAUCAGGCGCACGAUAAGAGAUUGUACCGAGGGGAGGAUCCAAGACUUAAAUCUGCCAAAUAUGCAGAUAUGAAUAGAAUGGAGAAUCAACGACGAAAAGCAGAGACAUUGGAGCAGAGAUGUGAGGAGGUGCGGAAGCUGAUCGAAAAACCAUUGCCGCCGCCAAAGCAGGCUGAUAUACCAUAUCUGAUGAACGCGCAGCAGAAACAGCCGCAUCAUGCCAAGUACAAUCAGCAGCAACAGGACAAAGGCAGCUCAUUCACAGGUGAAAUGAAGCAUGCGUCAACUACUAGCCAGAAUGCUCUGCUACAGGGCACAUCGCCAAGCACAUCGUCAUCACAGAAGCCAGCACCCAUUAAGACACAGAUGUAUAGUCAGCAUAGUGCACAGGGUGUAUCCCAGAUUCUGAAAGAUACUAUUAAAAAUAGUAAUUCCCAGUCUUGCCUAAGCACAUUGAAUAAUAUGGACGAUAUAAAGUCGGAGAAGCGAUCACGAUCAAAUGUCCAUGAGGAAUUCGUUGAGAGGAAUUCCGUCGAUGUUCAACAGAGCAAUCUGCACACACCACCUGGUAAGCAUAGAUCACUAUUCAGCCCAGAGACUCCUAUUGUGACCAGAGAAUCGCACGCGCAAAGCGCAAGGCCUAAAUCGAAACAAAAGACACCACCCUCUGCAGCUACGAAGCUGAAGGAACGCGUGUCACCGUUCGCGAGUUCCCCGAAUUUGCAAGACUCGUCAACGAUAAAACGACCAUCUUCCAAUGACGGCGCGGUAUCCACACAUAAGAGGACCCGUGCAUCGAGUAUCAGUGAGAACGAAAAGGUAGUAAUAAAAACAGAAAUCAAGACGGAAGAUACAACCAGUUUGGAGGCAAUGAAGAUGCUCGGUCGCGUACCCGAUCUGAUCCAACCGAUACGUGACAAUCCGUCGUCAAACGGAAGGAACAGUAGCGCAUCAUCCGUCAUUAACGAUAUGAAACCGCCAGAACUCAUCAAACCGUUCGAGUCGGAUCAGCCUCGUUUCAACACGAUGUCGCAGCAUAAAGUCUCGUUUAACGUCAAUACACUAACUAAUGGUAUGGACCUCAACGUAGUAAAACAAGAGUCCUCGGAGCAUCGCGUGAAAAGGGAAUUUCCAGAGCAUUAUAUAAAGAAUGAACCAUCAGGACAUAGGGCUUUGGAACCAACGCAUUCCCAGACGCACUCGCAGACGAAACUCGAGUACACGUCGCCGAUCAAGUCUGCGCAGAGUAUAAGCGCAUUGCUCCAGGAGACACUGGCGCCGAUGCCUUCACUAUUGCAGGGACUGCAACAACCUAGCCAAUUACCCACUCAAAAGGUGCAUCAAGAACAAUUGCAGCACCAGCAACAGCAGCAUCGGUUACAGUCUAUUCAACAUUCGUUGAUGGAUCAAUUACCAGUGACGACCCAGUGUUUGUCGAUAGCGAGCGAUAAUUUCACGCCGAUAGCUUCGACCGUAGAUAUCAGUGUUCUUUCCGAUAAUGUAUCGAUGACGCUGCCAAGUAAUAGUAAUGUGGUGGAAUUGGCAGUGCCAGCAGCUUCCACGGUAACGAUUGUUCCUCCAGUCGAAGAGAAACGGUCGGAGCAUCAUAAGAGUGAAAAGAAGAAAAAGAAAGAAAAACACAAGCGCAAGGACAAGAGUAAGGAUAAUAAGCAUAAUAAGCAUAAACACAAGGGAAAAGGUAAAGAGAAACAUCGUGAGAAAAAAGACAAGGAAAAGAGCGAGGAGACCCCAGCGGCAGCGCCCAUCAAAAUUACGAUUCCUAAGGACAAACUGAAUCUUGGCAUGGAAGCAUCGCCGACCGUGGUCGGCGGAGGUCCCAGCAUGUCGGACAAAACUAUAUCGCCACAGAGCACGGGCCUGAAAAUCAAGAUCCCCAAGGAACGACUCAAGGGCACCGAUAGUGUACCGAGUUCAUCUCCUGCGCAGCCACCGAUGAUGCAAGGUCCGCUAAAGAUCAAGAUACGUACUGAUCUCGGCAUCUCGAGGAGUUCCGCGCAGCCGCCGCCGUCGAUGUCAUCGUCGUCGUCGUCGAACGGCUCGAGCGGAUCCUCAUAUCUGCAGCUCUCUGAAUCAUCCGCGAACGAAACUACGAGUCGGAAACGCGAGCGAGUCGAGAUGAUCGGCGACAGCUCGGGCAGCAGUGGCCUUCCGCCCACGAAGAAGCAAGCGAUGAUGAUACCUGCAACGGGUUAUGGCCAGGGCCACCGACCCGGAGAACGGCAGAAUGGCAGACACUAUAACUCCGGCAGCAAUAAUAAGGAAAGACACGCGUCCAGCCAUCACAAAAGCUCCAGCAAACUGCCGCAGUCUCAGCAGUCCCAUGCGGCGUAGUAUGGCUAUUUGGAUGAGAUAGUGGAGAUGCUCUAAGGCUUGUUUUUCACUCGAUUGGUCCAGAAGAAGAUAUUUGGAAGCGCAUAUUUCAAAUUGCAAAAAUAUGUGGGUUAUUGAAUGGAAAGAACCUCUGUGUAUGUUCUGAUACAUAUUUUGAAAUAUUUUGAGAUACAUAACAUUCAGAUAUGUUUCGAGAUAUAUUCAAAGAAAUAUUAGUGAAAUAUCUCAGGACAUACCUGAUUCAUCUGUAUGCGUUGAUCAUUUGUCUCAAUAAGGAUUAUUUCUUUACUUACCCAGUUCCCCCCCCCCCUCUCUCUCUCUCUCUCUCUCUCUCUCUGUCCUUUUUUUUCAGUGAUAAACAAAAAUUUCCUAUAAUUGUCGCAUAAUAAGGUGUUUUGCAUUAGUCUUUGAUAAAAGUUGUCAUCAUAAUAAGGAAAAAUAAGGAAGAAGAAAAACAUGAUUUUCUCAAGUGAAUUAGAUGUGACACGUUUCUGACUGCUCGCAAUCUUUUCAUCUGUUUUUCUUCCAUUCAACGUACAUAAUAUAAUUACAACGAGUGAUAAUCCUUAAACAGAGAUAAUCCUUGUUGACUUGUAAUACGAAUGCAGAUGACGUUUCACUGCGUGUGUCCUAAACAAAAAUUAACUAUAUAUGACGAAAUGUAUUAGCGCACUUAAUGCGAUUGUAACGACUUAACAACGACGCCGAUACGAUCUAACGCUCCGUUAUUCUCUACAUGAGUUCUCGCUUUGCUAUAGCUAAAUGCCCAUGUCUCGAAAUUAUUUUUAUUUCAGUUUAUAUUUUAGUUUUCCUAUAUA